UAUCCAAAACCAUGUUUUUAUCUAAAUUGUUAAUCUCGAGAUUUUUCUUAAUGACUUCUCUUAUAGUCCUUCCUAUGUCUUUCUCUACCUCUAACUAUUUGACUCCUCUCCAUCUGAUCUACUCCCCUUACUACGGAAUCUACAGGUCUCCUCUCUACAUAUCCAAACCACCGAAGUUUAUUCUCCACCAUUUUUUUGCUAUAGGUGUUACCCUAACACUCUCUAAUAUAGUCAUUUAUAAUUUUAUCAUGUCUAGUCUUACGACACAUCCAACGCAACGUCUUCAACUCUGCUACAUUUAUUUUAUUCUCGUGUUGGUUCUUAAGCGCCCAACAUUCUAUCACAUACAAUAUUACAAGUUUUACCGCAGUCCGAUAAAACUUUCCCUUCAACUUGAACGAUACCUUUUUGUCACAUAA